GCUGUCAAUAAUGAUCAAAAAUGAAUCGACACAGCUACAGGAUAUUUUUCUAGAUUUAAGGAUAUUUUGAAUUAAAGUCAGGAAAUGUAUUUUAAUCGAAAGGGGGAUUACAAAUUAAUGUUAAUUUUCUUAUGCUAAUGGAAAGCAAACCGUUUUCCUUUUGUAGCAAUGGACUGCAAAAAUGUAAAUGUAAUGAUCUAAUGCUAUUUUAUUGCAUUAAGCGAUUCAUGGAUUUGCAAGUAGACCAACGUGGUUUAUACCCGUCAGUAUCUAAUUCUUAAAUUAAAGUAGCAAAGUUCUAAAGGACGUUUUUAACAUUUCUUGAAACAAAUUAGUGAUAAUUGCUAAAUCAUGUUACAAGAAACUCCUAUUUCAGCAAAAAAAUAACGAAAAUGCAUAUUUCUUCAGUUUGACAGUGUACGUAAGUAGGCAUUUUUGUCGUGUAUGUGCAUGUCCGAAGACAUCUACAAAUACAAUACAAAUCCUGGACUAAUAUAAUCAUUUUCCAGGUAAAUUCGGGCUACUGUACGGUUAAACAUGGCAACUGCUGCUGCACAACCAAAACAUAAUGAUCAUCAAAAUUGGAUCAAGGUCGCUGUGGCCUUGCAUAUUACCAAAGAAGGUCUUGAGGAUUUUGUAUUAGAUGACAUCACACAGUUCCAGAAUGAUUUGCUGUCGUCAAUAUGCCGUAACGUCGGUAUACCAGUUGGAACAACGUGUAAUUCCUGCACGACAGCUAAUAUACUACCAUGUCCGACUGUCGGGUUCUGCACAUUUGGUGGAAGAUGUAAAAUGCACGAUCUGAAAGAUCCUGCACGGAAACCAGAUGUUCCAUGUCAAAGCAACAUUUGCCAGGCUAUUCGGGGAGGGAUUCGACGUGAGCAUAGAUUCUUUCACCCGAACAAGUAUGAGCCUUCCUGGAAAAAUGCCGAUGCGACAAGGUUUUGCAUUGAUCCGUUUCAACUUGCCAAAUGCUAUAUGUCGGCUGAUGGAUACAGUAACGUGAAAUCGUUAAAGGAAACGGAUUUCAAUGGAGUUAUCAAUGUGGUGAUUAACAACAAGAGGUUUCAGAACAAAAUCGCAGCAAAAUUAUUUCAAAAGUCAAAUAUAUUUAAUGAGGCACGUGAUAUGGGAGACUUAUUCGACAUUCAGCCAGUCUGUCUAUAUCUGAUGCUGACCUAACAAAAUACAUAGACACCCUGAUUGGUCUUCUCUCUGAUGCGAAGUAUUUAAUUCUUGACAAAAAGGCCAAGAUAGCAGUUGCUAAGUUACAGCAGCUAAAAACAAAAGGAAUAUCGUUAAACGAGGAAGACAGCAAAAGGAUUCUUGAUGCCGUAUUAAAGUUAAUCGAAUCGGUGUCUGAAAAGGCAAAAGAUAUUACAGACUACGCGGUGAAAGAAAUCAAAGACAGUAUAUUAUUGUUACGAAAAGCAAACAACGACGGUAUACAGUCUAAUACACGGACAAGCUUAAAGCAAAUCUCUGACACAUCAAAAGUCGCACUGAAAAACAUUGAACUGAAAAGAAGGAAGGUUUUAAAAGAUAUUGAGGUAGCUGCCGGAAACGUGAAAACAACAGUCGAUAAGGAAAGAGGCUUGGUUGCUAAAAGGAGUAGCGACAAAUAUCGCUCAGUAAUCAUCUAUUUACCAGAACCAGUUGAAGAAAUCAAUAUAUCACCAACGAAAAGCAAAGAAACAGAUAUUGAGAAGACAAUGCUAACUGAAAGUCUGAGGGAAGAUCUUAUUAUUCACUACAGAACAAAUUGCAGCACAGUUCCAUUAUCACCCUUAAUAGAAGAGCGUGACGUGCCUCUCGCUAAACUAGAUGUUCCUCAGAAACUCGUUUCUGUUGAUCUAAUCAAAACGUUUUACCAGUUUGAAGAUUCUCCCUCUCAAACACCGGUCAAGUCAUAUAAAGAUCUUUUCUUUUGCGGUUCCGAACAUUACAGAAAUAUAUACAUCACGGCAAAAGCUGGUGUCGGAAAAACGUUGCUUUCAAAGAAACUUUGCUUGAUAUGGUGUCAAGCCCACAAACAAGAAUCUUCUGCUAUUUUCAAAGGAGAGGAUAUAGAUGCUAUUAGAACUUUCGAUUUCUUAUUUUUCCUUACACUUGGUGAAGCAGAUUCUUCCGACUGUGAUAUUGAUGACAUGAUUCAGACACAGGUUAUAACAAAAUUAUCUCAUCAUUACACUAAAGAAUUUCUGACAGAUAUCUUACACAGUAAAGCUUGUCUCAUCAUCUUAGAUGGUUUAGACGAAUGGUCUCAUUCAAAUAUUAGUGCACCUGGUUGUAGACCGUCGCUAAUUCCUCAAAGAAAAGCUCGUUCCAAAUGUACUAUAUUGACAACCACCCGUCCAUGGAAGUUAAAUGCUUUAAGGAUAAAAGAUAGCCAGAUAGACAAACAUGUAAGAAUAUGUGAGCUCGAUGAAGAUACUUCUGCUAAACUGAUUGAAAAUGCUGUGUCGCUGCUCAAUGGCAGAAGCAAACCCCCGAAGUCAGCGAAGAAAAUACAAGAGGCAGUUGCAAAGUCGAAACUAGAUGAAAUGCGAUUCAUUCCAUAUAUUAUUUUGCAGUUUGUGUGUCUAUUGUUUGACGGGAAACCUAUCAGUCGAUCCAAAUGUGAGUUAUACAGUAACAUAGUUGAACUCAUAUUGUCCAGAGGACGUGCAAAAUUAAGACACACUCAGUCUUAUGUUCUUGAGUCGAAGCAACAACUUCCUCGAUGUUUCAUCAAUAAUGAAGAAUGCAAGGAGAAUUACGGACUUUUGCUUCUUACUGGAAGAUUAGCAUUUGAGGAGCUUUUCAGCGAAGACGAGGAAUGCAGUUCGAUAUUUGAGAAAACCACUGUACUAAAAUAUAUGCCUUCUUACACUCUUGAUAUGUGUUUGAAUCUUGGAUUAUUAACGCAGAGUAAAACCAAUGACACUGUUGCAUUUAGACAUAUACAUUUUGCGUUCCAGCAUAAAUCAAUGCAAGAAUAUUUUGCUGCACUUUAUGCGCAGUCAAAACAUGAGCCCAAAAUACUUGAAAGGGUAAAACAGAAAAUCCUCAAUAAAUGUCAGUCUCUACCAUCUGAUUUAGAUCUCUCUGCAGUUUUCGUUUUCAUAUGUGGCUUCCAACAAGAGUUUGCACGGGAUUUAUUGCAAAGUGUACUCGUCGUUAUGUCUGAAACUGAAAUAAUAUCCGAAUUCAGGACAACAAGCUCAAUAGUCAGAUCUUCCAUUGUAAAUUCAAAAAUAGUAAAACAUUUUCAAAGGCUUGUAGCAGAUUGUUGGAAAGAAAGUCUUAACAGUGGACACAUGGAAAUGAGGCUUCUCGUUCAAGAUAUUGUUAUUGACAAAAAUACAACUCAAGACGAUUAUCUAGAUGCACUGAAAUCCUUUGUAGAAUUAGGUAAAAAUAAUCUCAAAUCGAUGUGCGUUCAUGAAUGCGUUUCUGCAAAUGAAGCAAACAAUGUAUUACAAAAGCUAAACACACAGAACAUUUGUUAUCUCAGAAAAUUAGAGUUAAGAAGCAUCCCAGAGGUACUUAUUCUUCAAGCACUGCUUAGGAGAAGUAAAACAUCAUUACGCUGUUUGGAUCUUUGUUCGUUUAAGUUUGGAAAAUCUGCGUACAGAUAUUACAAUGAAGAAAUAAAUCUUCCAUCAGAGCACUUAAGAAUAAUAUCUGAAAUGGAGUACUUACAAGUCUUAACUCUUGCAUCAUUUUGUAUGAGUCACAAUGAUAUGGACCUUCUGCUCAGAUUUCUCACGAGAAAAACCAGUAUGAGGCAAAUAGUUUUGUACCGUAUCAGGUGCACUAAAAACAACACUUGCAAUGGUCAUACGUUGGAUUUGUCUCUUCACGAGAAUCUCCAGGUAUUUGGCUUAGACAAUAUUCCAUUAUCGCGGUUCAUUUUGAAGCCAGCCUCUUUAGAGGAAUGCUGGAUUGGACAGUUGCCAUCCCAUAUUUUGUCAAAAAUAUUUGCAGAUCUUCAAAACUCGAGAAAUCUUCAUACUUUAUAUCGCCUAAAACAUGACGACAUAUGCGCUAUGCUACAAUCCCUUCCAAGUUUAUGUCAAGUGAAGCAUCUCAGUUUCUGACAUAUUGACUUUGGCAGAAGAGUUAUAAGACUGGCAUCACAUACGAAAAACAUUCAAAUCGUAACGUUGAAUGCAGUUAAAAUGACAAGCACCACAUUGAGACUUCUGUUUGAUACUAUUGAAAGGUUUCCACACAAUGUGGAUAUUUGUCUUGAAAACUGCCAUGUAACGCCAGAUUAUGACUACGAACUGAUAAAAGAUAUCAUAAGGAAGUCUGAUUCUUACACAGUUUCAUUUGAUGGACUAAACGUUCGCAAAGAACGAGUGUUCAACUGUGCAACCAUCAAAACAUGCACAAUGCGGACUGGAACUACACUUAUCACUGCUUCGACAAGACUUUAGUCUUGUUAAAAGUCAAACAUACAGCUUACAGAGUCGGAACGGAUACUUAUCAGCGAAGGAGCUAAAUGCAAUUUGGACUUUAGUUGGAGGAGCGGGGGUCAACCUCACGACCCUAUGUGUUUUGUCAGACAUUCUUGCAUUAAAACUACAUUUUUCACUGGAUCCGCCCGUAUAUUAACGGGAGAAAAAUCGUAUGCAAACAAGGCCAUUCAAGUGCUGUUAAUACAUGAUUAUUUUUGAAAUUCUUAGUGUAUUUCUGCGCAGAUUGACAUCUAGUAUCUGCGUCUUGUUUCUUCCAUAAUAACCUCUUCUUGUUGCAUAAAAGAUGCAAAUAAAUCCAUUGUAUGUUUUGAUGUAUCAGUUACAACCCCAAAAAGUUCCUACUCGUUUCUUCCCGUCGUUUACUCCCGUUUUUGGAGUCUGCAUCGAUUCAGUUUUUUUAUACCGCGAAUGUAUAAGAAUCGCGUGUAACUUGUAUGAUUGUUUGUUUUUUUGGAAUCAUUUUAAUCAUUUUGGUAAGUCGUCGUUAUGUUUUUAUCUUAUUUCUCGAAGAAUUUAGAGUUUGUCACUACGUUUGUACUCGUCCGUACUUAAAAUGUGUUCGUUCUCAAAAUAACUCGAAUAUAAAGCUAUUAUUCUUGAAAUUGUGUUCCUGUUUACCAAAUGUUUAAGAAAUAUGAAACAAAAAAAAUCACUUAUUAUAAAAGCCUUCAGUACAUGCGUUUGGUAAUGUUGCUGAUUUCUUGGCCCUGGUUAUGGAUAUUUAAAACAUGUUUACCGUUUCCAAGAACAACAGAAUGGUAAUUAAAAUAUUUCGGAAUCUUAAAGUCAUCACAAAUGAAAACAAUACAUUUAGUCGUCGUGUACUGUUUAUUAAUUCAAGAAUAGCUGUAUCGGUCACAAACAUUCCCGCAGGCUUCUGCAGACGUUAAUACACAAAAAAUGUGUAUUAUCCCGACAGUGUUACCACUGAGACACUGCGUCCACUCAAUAAUUUCCUGUCUGCACUUUACUAAUACAAACAUGCCUGACCAGACAUGCGUGUUUAUUAAGACAAUGUAAGUAGCCGGAUAAUAACAGUACAUCAGAAAAUGAGACGAUUAUGUUUCACAGAAAUUUUUUAUAAACCUGCUAAAUUAUGGUUGGUCACACAGAUAAUACCAUACGUCUCUUGCCUUCAAACUAAAGAUAGAAACAAAAAUAAUAAAUAAAAACAUAACCAGUAUUUGAGUUAAGACGAAGGCACGCUGACGCGAACUGACUCGCCCAGAAAAAACACAGAGAUCAAAACAAUUUUUUUAAAUGAAAUUAAUCUAAGAAACAUGUGCCCUUUUGUCAAAUGUCAGAUCGCUGAAUGUUGGACCCCAUUUAUAUUGCGUUUGUAGACGUAUGAUAUCAUCAUGAUCAUAAUAUAAAUCAUUAAUAGUGAGAUUUUUGAUCAUUCUCUCAAACACUGAGUUUAUAGAGUAGAACAAAUGACAUAUAAUAUAUAUAUUGACUACGUCAUUAGAUGACAUAGGAGUAAAUAAAAAUGUCUUUGAAACGUACUUCAUAUUUGAGAAAAUUACACAAAACAUUGAAUAUGAAAACUGAAACUGGAUAUAGAUCAAAUCAAAGAGAAAUCACAUUUUCUUUGCCAUGUACAGAAGCCUCUUUUCUACGGAAAAAAGUGCCAUCAUGUAUAAUAUUAAUAACAAAUUUUAACCAAAACAAAUUUUACUUGUUCGGAGUCGUCUGUUAGAAUGACCAGUAUUUGAUUACACACCUAUUUAUAUGUACAUACAUGUACGCUUUACUGAAAAAAAACGUGCAAAAUCCACACUGACCACCCUAUGGAAAGCGUUCCGCGUUCAGACAAAUAUUUCACACUAUACUUCGAAACGCGUGAAAUAAGAAGUCUGUACUACAUUUUUAAAAACACAAAUAGCACCAUAUGUAUGACCGACGUUCGUGUUAGCUAUGGAGGUUGUUAGAACCUUUGAUAUACUUUUGGCUGAAAACAAAAUGUUAUUUUAUCUAAUGUUAAUAUGGUUAGGUAUUCUGCCAAAACCUGUUUUAAUAUACUGCAACGCAGAAACGUCUUUUUAAGUAGUGUAUAUACGUCUUUUUAGUUACCCUGUAAUAACUACCAACAAGAGACAACAGUUUACUUCUAACCCUAUUUUUUUUUAAAAUUAGUUUAGGGGAGUUAAAUAUUUUAGUGUCUAUAACUUUUGUUUUGUUUUUACAUUGCACUUAUGUGCUCAAACGCCUCGGUAGCCUAGUGGUAGAGCGUCCGCUUCGAGUGCGGGAGGUCGUGGGUUCGAUCCCCAGCCGCGUCAUACCAAAGACGUAAAAAAUGGUACUAGCAGCUUCCUCGCUUGGCGCCCAGCAUUAAGGGGAUAGUGCUAGGACUGGUCAGCCCGGUGUCAGUAUAAUGUGACUUGGUGGGGUAUCAUGCCACGUGUCUACGGCGUGAUAUUCCAGUGAGGCAGCACUAUAAGGUUGGGCACUGUGCUCACUGCUACAAGUAGACACCGUCGUUUAUAUGACUGAAAAAUUGUUGAAAAAGACGUUAAACCCGAACACACACACACACUUAUGUGCUCCUUUACUGAUUCCAGGUUUAAGUGUGUCGUAGUCAGAGGUUUUCCGGCGACGCCGUCUAAAUUCGUUUUCGUUACCUAUGCCACGUGACUUCAGUUUGCAAAUCAAACUACUUGAUAACGCAUUAUAGAUUAUUUAUCAAAAUGAAAGAUUUAUGCAACACUCUGCCUGAUUGGACGAGAGUGUCAAUUUCUUUCACUCUGUUGACUGUGCUACGCUGAGUGAAAUGUAGACAAAUCAUUUAUCCUAAACGACGCUGUUCACAGUUUUAAAGCUAACUUUGGCUCAGUAUAUUUAGCAAGAAUAUUGAUAUAUCUCAAAAUGAUAAGUAAGUUUAAUAAAUAUGAUAAAAACCUGUUCAAAUACCAACAUAUAUCAAAUUAAAGAAAGAGCUAAAUACGGUCUGCGUAUCACAUGAAUAAGGGUGUGAUAAGAGUCUUUUAUGUAGAGAAGUGCUUUUUAAAAGAUUUUCCUUGUUACAAUUGUCGUCUGUAUAUGAAAAUGUUUCUUGCUUUUGUGACUUAUUCAGAUUGCAUAUUAAAAUGAGUACUUGUUUGCUUUGAUAUAUUUGUUAUAUAUUAUUUAACUGAUUUAUUAUAUAUGAAUAUUUUUCUUUAGUAUGGUAUGCAAAUAUUGGUUUCAGUUGAAAUCUGUUUUAUUAUAUAUAUGCUAUAUAAUGACUGAAUCUCAUUACUCUGAAAUGAAGGUACACUGUAUACAGUUUAUCUGUGUGAUAUGACUACGAUCAAACUUUGCUUAUAAAACAGAAUUAUUGAAAUAAUUACAAUUGUAUGUUUUGCUUGACCUUCCCUUUUUUAUAGGUGUGACGUCAUUGUCCAAAGAUUCAUGAAUAGCGAAUAUGCAUUUGUUAAAGAGGGAUCAGUUGGCCUAUUUUAGAAAUAAAUAAAAAUAAUAAAUAAAUAUUAGGCCCGCAGUCAACUUUGUACAGCUGGGACAUUUAACCCGUUUUAGGGGCUGCUAGAGCUUAAACUAGAAAUGCCUUUAUACAGCGUCUCAUGAACAGCUUGGUGGAUCUUUGUCAUACUUGGCCUGGAGCAUCAUUAUAAGGUCCUCUUCAAAAUUUAUUUAUAUAGGAACUUGGGCCCUAUUAGGGAACACUAUAGCUAAAAGUAGAUUUGCCUUUCUUCGCAUUAACCACUAAAAUGUAAUGGAUUUUUAUCAAACUCGAUGUGUAACAAUAUCGUAAGGUCUCCUGCUAUUUUGUUACAAAUGGGGAUAGGGACCAAUUUAGCUAAAAAUAUAAACACGUUUAAUGACCUCUUCUCAUGAACCGCUUCAUGAAUCUUCAUCAAACUACUGCUGUAAUUAUUCGUCUAAGGAUAAACGAAACAAAAUUGCAACCCUACGAAACCUUUGCGAAAAAUUAAAAGAGAACCAUUUAAAUUGUUAAAGUGCGGUGUUUAGUUUUGCAAUUAGAAAAAUGUUAGAUGAAAGAUGGAUGUUAGAUGAAAAAUUCAUAAACUUCUUUCCUUAUUACAAUUCGCCGACCAUCAUUUUUAAAGAUAUUUCUUGUUAACCUUGGAUUAGCAUAGGUUUCUGUGUUUUAUGCUGUAAAUAAGAUAAGGGUUAAUGCAAAAAUAUGUAUUUUAGCAUUUUAAAUAUUAAUUUACCUAUACUGAUAUUGAUUCACUAUAUAAGUACGAACUUUGUCAUUCAUUUCAGAGGUAAUACUUUACUGUAGGCACACACACACGCACACACACACACACCACACUACAUCACACCAUACCACACCACAUCCACAACACACACAAACACACACACACACACCAUACCACACCACACACAACAUACGCUCACACACUACACACACACACACACACACACACACACACACACACACACACACACACGCACACAUGAAACAUUCUCAGUCAUAUAUCAUAAUAAUAUAUCAUUUGCCAAAGGUUUACUGUGAUUUAUCAAUACUUUUAUUUAAACAAAAAUGUGCAUUGUGUAACAUUUUACGGUAUGAGACAUAUGUAGUCUCUUGUAAUGCUAUAUAAAAUGGCUAUUUAUUUGUAUGAUAUGUGGUAUUUUAUGUUUGUAUAUGUGUAUAAAAUGUAAAUGGAUGAAACUAUAAUAAAUGAUCUAAUCUACGUGUAGAAGGCUGGUGUCGUUAUAAAUGUAACUGUCUAGAAACUGCGAGUCUACU